AUGCCGAGCGUGUCUAUUCAACCGUCUGCUAUCUCUGUUAUGGAUGUAACUGGAAAGGCGGAGUACGAGCCCCUCUCGCAGGACGAGAAGCACGAGCACGAGUGCUGCAACGAUGUGUCGGCGUCGCAGGCUGGGCCUCACCACAAGAGGUGCCACAAUAAUCGCUUGAAGCGCAUGCUGGUGCCGCUCCUCGUCUCUAUCGCGUCUAUCAUUGGGGUCAUGGCCCUGGGCUGCUUCGCUAGCAUGCUCCUCGGUGGCGGGCACCACGACAUGUCGCACCUCAUGAGCAGGCAAACCACGGGGGAAAGCGAUAGCGGGAGCACCUUCACCGAUCACAAAUACUACCUCACCGUCAUAUUCGUUGGCCUAGUGGUGGUCAUUAUCUUGGGGAUCAUGCUGAGCGCCUGGUGCUGCAAAGAAUCCCCUCUGCUGCCCGUGCUACUUGUGCGCGUGCUGUGGCGGUCUAGCGUGCUUGGAAUGCAUCGGAUGCGGCCUCUUUCGCGGAUCGGUACUUCUGAGAACGCAGGCGUUGACAGCGAAAGCGAGUCGGCGCGCGUUGCCAUGCUCGUUGCCGGCAACGGCUCCGGCGAUCAAGAAACGCAGUUAUCUCCGAUUGUGCACAAUGGCCAUUGGGCCACCGGUUGCGGCUUGAUCAUAGACCAUCACCUCCUCUUGUUUUCCGUUUUGACGUCCCUCAUUCUUGUUCUUGCCUCUUCCCGUCAUUGUUAUUUGCACGCCACAAUGUUGGCGCUGGACCGCUCGCUCUAUCAAUCACGACAAACGCACAACAUGGCUGCAGUACUAAACGCGCGUAACCAUGGCCUGCCCACGCAUCCACAUCUUUUCCAAGCCCCUUCCUCUAUGAGUGGCCGCUCUACUCCACUCCCCAAACGCCAGACGGCAGUUGUCAUCAACCGCUUCUUCCUCGAGAUGGCCACUACGCAACCCCGCAUCGUGUCGCAGGCGACCGUGACGAAUAGGCAGACGACGCUGUUCGAGAUGCUCGAGAAUAUGGUUAUCGAAGAGCAGUCCCCCCUCCCGGAUGGGAACUUCCCGAGCAGCAUGAGUGGCCACAGCCGGCGGCCCUCGAUCGACUCGGGCAUUAGCGUGUGGGAGGAUCCAUUAGAAGCGACGGGGAUAGUGCUCGAUCGCGGUGACAGCCACUCGUCCGAAGUCGAACCCGCCAUCCCUAGCUCGACCUUGUCCGGACGAUUUUCGCCUCGCGCGCUCUCGAUGGUCUCGAGAUCGUCCUCGUCCAGGACGCUGCGGCCGGCGAAGGAGGAACAAAGGAGCAAGUCUAAGGCCCUCUCGAUUGCGUCCUCUUACUCUCAAGACCGAUCAGCGGUCGAGGCGGAGGAGCGGUUCGGUGUGGCGUCGGCCCUACCCUCACCGACCUUCAGCGUCGAUACGGACAUCUACCCCCCUGCACGCGAUUACGACGCCAUCAGGCACUUCAUGGCCAAGCGCAUCAUCGACUGGAGGGGACUCAAGAUGGAGAAGUUUGGGCGCCUCCUCAUUGCGGACCAGCUUGUCGUAACGCGCGAGGGCGUCGACUACAACUACCUCGUAUACAUCUUCGACCGCAUCGUCGUCUUCGCCGCCGAUAGCAAAACCGGCGGCCGCCUGCGCCAAUGCCUGGUCGGGCGGAAAUCGUACGAUCCGUUCUUCAAGGCCGGCACUCGCUCGACGCCGCUCAAGAUGAAAGGCAGCGUGUACAUGGCGUGCGUCCUCUCCGCGGUGCCCUUGUCCGACGACAGGGUACCGUGCGAGUGCAAAGCUGGCCGACCUGCUUUUGUCUCGCCCGCCUCUACCUGCUGCAAUUCCUUCCCGUUGUCGCUGCAGUUUCUCAAUGACGAUGGGGAGCCGGAGAAGCUGACGCUGCAUCUGCCAACGGAGGAGCUGCGCGAGCGAUGGCUGUCUGCCAUAGAUGCAGCCACCUCUCAGCAGUGCGCGAAGAGCGAUGGCUCGCGAUGA